GCCCAGCGAUCAGGUGAAGAAAGCAGCAGCAGCAGCAGAGGGAGCAUCCUCAUCCCUUCCAUCUGAUCCUGACACUCCAGACUCUGCAUCCCCUUCCAUCUGAUCCUGACACUCCAGACUCUGCAUCCCCUUCCAUCUGAUCCUGACACUCCAGACUCUGCAUCUCUUCCAUCUGAUCCUGACACUCCAGACUCUGCAUCUCUUCCAUCUGAUCCUGACACUCCAGACUCUGCAUCCCCUUCCAUCUGAUCCUGACACUCCAGACUCUGCAUCUCUCCCAUCUGAUCCUGACAAGCAAGACUCUGCUCACUCAUCACCAUGCCAUUCUUCUGCUGGACUGGAUGCUUCGCGAUCUGCCUUCAAUUGCUGCUGGGAACAGCUCUGAGCAAUCUGCCAACAUGCAAUGAGGGUGAUUAUCACUAUGAAUACACAGAAUGUGACAGCACUGGAUCAAGAUGGCGAGUUGCUGUACCAAACGAAGGGAAGUCAUGUGCUUAUCUGCCAGAUCCAGUUAAAGGGAAAGACUGCACUUUUUCUUGUGAUUCGGGACAAUACUUGGACAUUAAGAACCAGUCAUGCAGUGAAUGUGCUGCAGGAACAUAUUCCCUUGGAACUGGGAUCAAGUUUGAUGAAUGGGAUGAGAUGCCAUCGGGAUUUAACAAUGUGGCAACAUUUAUGGAGACAACUGCCGACUUCUCUGGAAGCAAACCCGACAGCUGUGAUAACUCAUCAUGGAUUCCUAAAGGCAAUUACAUAGAAUCUAAUCGGGAUGACUGUACUGUUUCCCUCAUCUAUGCUGUGCAUCUGAAGAAAGCUGGAUCGGUGGCAUUUGACUAUCAGUAUCUUGACAACAAUAUCUUUUUUGAAUUCUUUAUUCAGAACGACCAGUGCCAGGAAACAAGCUCUUCCUCUGACAAGUGGGUGAAGUUGUCCGAUAAUGGUGAAUGGAUGCAUCAUUCGGUGCUUCUAAAGUCUGGAACCAACAUUAUGUAUUGGAGAACUACGGGCAUUCUUUUAGGUUCAAAAGUGGUGAAGCCCGUAUUGAUAAAGAACAUUACAAUAGAAGGUGUUGCCUACACAUCAGAAUGCUUUCCUUGUAAACCUGGCACAUACAGUGAUACAGCUGGAUCCUCCUCCUGCAAGUUGUGUCCCAGGAGCACAUUUUCAGACAAGGGAGCCAAGGAAUGCACUGCGUGCAAUAAAGAUACCCAAUAUUCAGAUGAAGGAUCCAGCAAGUGUAUAGAUUGUCCUCCUUGCACAAACAAAGAUUUAUUCCAGAUCCAUACACCCUGUGACAUGGAGGGAAAGACACAAAUCAUGUAUAAAUGGAUAGAACCAAAAAUAUGCAGAGAAGACCUACCUGGUGCCAUCCAGCUUCCAGCAUCAGGACAAAAGGAGGCAUGUCCACCAUGCAAUCCAGGAUUUUACAUUAACGGGACAUCUACUUGUGCACCUUGUCCAUUUGGGUCCUUCUCAGAUGGAAAACAAGAGUGUAAGAAAUGUGCCGCUGGCACAGAGCCGGUCCUAGGCUUAGAGUACAAGUGGUGGAACAUCCUCCCGUCCAAUAUGAAGACCUCUUGCUUUAAUGUUGGAAAUUCCAAGUGUGAUAAAAUGAAUGGCUGGGAAGUUGCAGGUGAUCAUGUCCGGAGUGGAUCAGGGGGCUCAGAUAAUGACUACCUUCUGCUGAAUCUGCAUAUCCCGGGAUUUAAGCCUCUAACAUCAAUGACUGGGACAAAUGAUGCAGAGCUGGGCAGGAUUACAUUUGUGUUUGAAACUAUUUGUUCAGCAGACUGCGUGUUUUACUUCAUGGUGGAUGUAAACAGAAAAACAACAAGUGUGGUAGAAUCAUGGGGAGGAAAUCGGGAAAAGCAGUCUUACACUCACAUCAUACCCAAGAAUGCUACAUACAUGUUUACAUGGGCAUUUCAGAAAACCAACCAAGCACAAUAUGGAGUGAGCCGGGGAUAUACAAAUGAUGUUGUGAAGAUCUAUUCAAUAACUGUAACCAAUGUUAUGGAUGGAGUAGCAUCAACCUGCCGUGCCUGUGCCAUGGGUUCUCAGCAGCUAAGAUCUUCCUGUGUCCCGUGUCCUGCAGGACAUUAUAUUGAUAAAGAGAGCAGUCGAUGUAAAGAAUGCCCGGUCAACACAUACUUGUCUUCACAUCAAGUGUAUGGAAAGGAGGCCUGCAUUCCUUGUGGUCCUGCAAGUAGAAGUAACAAGGAUCAUUCAGCUUGCUUUAGUGACUGCUCCUGGUCAGUCAUACAUGAAAACCGGAGUUUAAUAUACAAUUUCAACAGCCUAAGCAGUGUGACAACCCUUACGAAUGGACCCAGUUUUACUUCCAAAGGGACAAAAUACUUUCAUGUAUUCAACAUCAGUCUAUGCGGAAAUGGAGGGGAAAGGAUGGCUGUAUGCACUGAUAACAUUACUGACGUCACAGCCAAAGACAUGGAAGCAGAGCCUGAUGACAUUUCAAAUUUUGUAAAAACAUUUGUCUGCCAAUCCACAGUCAUUCCAUCUGAUAGCAAGGGAUUCCGAACAGCUUUGUCAUCACAGUCAGUCAGUUUGGCUGAUUCUUUUCUAGGUGCUACAGCCAACACAAGCCUAAGUGGAACCAACAUUAAGCCUGAUGCAUUUCCUGCCGCAAACAAGAUACCAGAUAUAAAUUUCUAUUUCAAAUCUUCUGCAGUUACAUCAUCAUGUGAAAAAGGGAGAGCUACAGUGAUAUCUUUGAGAUGCAACCCUACAAAACUUGGUCACGGAGAUAUUUCAGUGCCCAGAUCAUGUCCUGCCGGUACAUGUGAUGGUUGCACUUUUCAUUUUCUCUGGGAAACAGCAGAAGCAUGUCCUCUCUGUACGGAUAAUGACUAUCAGAGGAUAGAAGGAGCUUGUCGAAAAGGACAACAGGAAACUCAUUUUGUGUGGAAUGAACCAAAAUUGUGCAUGAAAGGUGUACCUCUACCAGAAAAAAAGACAGCAGCCUGUGAAUCAAUAGAAUUCUGGUUGAAAGUGGGAGCUGGUAUUGGUGCCUUCGUAGCAGUUCUACUUGUUGCACUGACCUGUUACUUCUGGAAGAAAAACCAAAAGCUUGAAUACAAAUACUCCAAACUAAUCAUUACUGCCAAUUCCAAAGAGUGUGAGCUUCCUGCCCCUGACAGCUGUGCCAUAAUGGAGGGAGAAGACAAUGAUGAUGACGUGGUCUAUUCCAAUAAGCAGUCAAUACUGGGAAAGCUGAAAUCACUUGCAACAAAGGAUAAAGAUCACAGUUUUGAAUCAGUACAGCUGAAAUCCUCAAGAUCACAACAUAUAUAAAGACCAAAUAUUGCCUUUUAGACUGAGAAAAAAUUAUUUAUUUUUAAAGAAAUUAAAAACAUAUCAUUAGAAGAAAUGAGUGUGAGUUACCCAUGAAGAUCAAUGAAGCAAGAAUCAAAGAAUAAAGCAGACAUCACAAAACAAAAAAGAAGCGUGGCUGCCUUAUUACAUGACAGAAUAUUUUGCCAAAAAUGGAUUGUUUGUAAGUUGGAUUUCAGGUUCUACUCAGGAAGAGCAAAGUGACGCAGACAAUGUUCAUUUUCUAGUACAAUGCUUGCGCAUGCUGUAUUAUGUCUUUUAUCACCUCCCAGUGCAACACAGAAGCAACAGUUGUACAGUUUACAAGUGCUUUGAAACAUUGGAGAGAAAAGGGGAAAUUAACUUUUUUCGACAGAAAAUUAUGUAUAUGGCAGGUGGAAAAUAAUGGAACAAAUUCAAAAAAUACUUGUUGAUGUAGAAAAAAAUUGUACUAGUAUUUUCAUCAAAUGAAAGAGCAGAGGCCAGUGUGAAUCUCUGAAGUUUUUGAAGAGCACCAGUCCUGAAUGGAUUUAGGCAAGGCUUUGAGGGCCCAUCCAUGCAAUGCAGCAACGUAUUAAAUUGGGCAUUUAAACCUGCGUUACAUGCAUCUGGCCAACUGCCGUGUGUUGUGAUGUCAUUCAUUGUAAUUCACCAUAAACACUGUACAGUGAGGGCCAAUGUACAGUACAUCACUGUGUCGUGGUGGGCUAUGUCGUAAAAAAGGGUUAUGUGCAUUUUUAUUUUUUUCACGGUGCACUUUCAUAAUGAAAUGGCUGCAAAAAUGCAGUGCACAGUAAUGCUUUCCAAAUGAUUGCAUAAGUUUAAACCCAGCCUGAGUAUUUAGUCUUAAAGUGUUACUAAACCCAGUAAUAUGAAAAUAGUUCCCCCCUCCCCACAGUGCCCAGUGCCCACAGCUU